UUUUUUUUUUUUUCCUUUUUUAUUAUCAUUACUGCAUAUUUUCCUCAUUGGCAUAAAAGUACUAUUAACGACUAUUACUAAAAGACAAGAACAACAAGGAAAAAAAGAAGCAGCAAUGUCAUCAAUACCAACUAAUGAUCCAUUCAAUGAAAAAUGUAAAUCAUGUAUUUUACUUGUUGGACAACUUUAUUUGGAUUAUAUAUUGCAUGUGAAUGAAUUUCCCAAGGAAGACUUAAAAGUUCGAGCCAACUAUGCAGAACAACGAACAGGGGGGAACACAUGCAAUACAGCAAAAGUACUAGUCCAAUUUCAGAAGCAAAACAAUAUCUAUUAUAUGUCGGCUGUUGGAUCUCGUGAAACAUCAGGUCAUAUUAUAGAAGCAUUACGCCAUCAAUCUAUCCAAACAGAUGAUACAAUCAUUUAUAGACAUGAUAAAAUAACACCUUCUUCAACUAUCAUUCAUAGUGAAAAGACUGGAUCAAGAACGAUUAUAUCCAAUCAUCAACUAGAAAGUAUAACCUUUAAAGAAUUUGUUCAAUUAUUUGAAAAAAUAUAUCAACGCUCUUCAUCGUGGUGGGUUCACUUUGAAGGACGUAAUAUAGCAGAAACCCUUCAACAAAUUGAUUGGCUGAAUGAAAAAGCCAUUUCAGAAAAUUGGAGACAUCAAUUAACUAUUUCAGUUGAAGCAGAGAAGCCUGAAAGAGCAGAUAUGGAGCAACUUAUUAGACGAGGUGACGUUGUGUUUCUCUCAAAGGUAUUUGCUCAACAUCAUAACCAUCAUAGUUCAAAAUCCUUCUUGACUGAAUCUACUUUAUUACAACAAAAUCUGAAAUCCAAUGCAAAGGCAUUUUGUACUUGGGGUUCAGAAGAAGCUUCUGCAUUGGAUAAUGAAACAAACCAAAUCUUUCAAUAUUCUCCAUUAUCAAUAGAGAAAGCCGUCGAUAGUGUAGGUGCAGGUGAUACAUUCAAUGCUGGUGUCAUUCAUUAUCUAUCAUCAUCAUCACAACAGUCACUAGGAAAUGCUUUAGAGUUUGCAUGUAAUUUAGCUACCAAGAAAGUUUCACAGCAAGGAUUUGAUGGUUUAAAAUGAAAUAUGACAUCAUAUCAUGCAUUUCAUUCUGAUCUGAUUGGAUAACUAACUAUUUUAUCAGCAUGUUUAAAUCUCCGCCUAUGUUUAUAUUGUGUACAUCUUCAUGUAUAAUAAAUACAAAAUGGAUUAAUAAACUUUAUGCAACCUAAUUAUAACGUC